GUCGGCGCUGGCCCAACUGGCCUGACUAUGGCCAUUGUGCUCAUGAUGCAAGGCGUUCCGACGAGAAUCAUCGAUGAGAAGGCCCAGUACUCGACAAGCAGUCGCGGUACCGGCGUCCAGACCCGGUCACAGGAGGUGCUUCGCACCAUAGGUUGUGUCGACGAAGUCCUCGAGAAUGCCACUCCUCCGUUUGUAAUUCGUAUAUAUGCCUCACCCGAUGGAGUCAAUACCGUCAAAGAUUUCGAGUGGAGUCCACCCUUGAAGGAGAGCCCAUCGAUUCUAUUCCGCAGUAUAGCCAGUACGAGCCAGGCAUCACUCGAAGCUGCUCUUCGUAAGCGCCUUGAGGCGCUCGGAGGUUGCGUUGAACUGUCCACUUCCUUAGUGGGACUUCGUGAGGGUGAAAAUUACGCUGCUGCAGAGACCAUCCACAGGUCUCCGACUGGUGAACCUGCAGCCACAGUAACUAGAAAGUAUGCAUCUGUGGUCGCGGCAGACGGUGCCAAAGGCCGUAUCCGGUCCAUGGUCGGUGUCAACUUCCUCGGUGAGAUGCGUAAAGCAGAACGCAUGUUCAUAGCAGACGUUACUGCCGAUGGCUUGGAUGGAGAGCAUUGGCAUCGAUGGGGAGACAUGUCGAACCUGAGCUGUUUCUUGAAACCCAUGGUCCCAUUCCCACGAUUCCAGCUUCAAUCCAUAGGACCCCAGCUCCCUGAGAGACUGCCAACUAAUGUAGACAAGCUCCAGAAUUUUUUCUCUGGAAUAUCGGGUCGUCACGACAUCAUUCUCUCCGACAUGACCUGGAGCACUGAAUGGCGGGCAAAUAUACGAAUGGUGGACAUGUUCUCCACAGGACAUGUUCAUUUCAUCGGAGAUGCAGCUCAUUGCCACUCACCUGCUGGCGGUCAGGGAGUCGUGACCGGGAUGACAGACGCAUUUAACCUUGCGUGGAAACUCGCCCUCGCCUACCGUGGUCUCGCCUCUGAGGCUCUUCUUCCAUCGUACCAGACCGAGCGCAUGCCCGUCGUCGCCAAUAUGCUCAGUCUCACGAACGCCCUCCACGCACGCACCAUCGGUGCUCAACCCCAAAUGGCCGACAACGCCUCGGAGAGUGCUGCUCGGGAUCCCAUGUAUCGAGACAACGCUCUGUCACAGCUUUGGGUGAAUUAUCGCUGGAGUUCUAUUGUGGUGGACGAGCGAUUCCCUAGGAGGACAUCGGAGGAUCCCCAUAUGAAUCCAUUUGGAGUCGAAGGAGACACUCUCCAGGCGGGGGACCGUGCACCGGAUGCUACCUCGCUUCGCGAGGUCGACGCUACUACGGAAAUCAUUUCUUCCUCCGAAACGACGCUGUUCAAGGUAUACUCGCCUACCGUCCAUACCCUGAUCGUUUUCCCGGGUAACAAAUUCUUACCCUUCGACCUCGAGUUUGCGUCGAGAUAUCGCACUAUGGCCAUCUUGACCCUCUGGAUUAUAAUACCUUCUGGACAGCCGGCUGGAGACGUGGCAGCGGAUAAGAUAUUCAUCGAUGCAGCUGGGCAUGCACGAUCUGGAUAUGGACUAUCGUCAGCGCCUGCCGACUCUGAAACUCACUAUUUCUUGGUUAGGCCGGAUGGGAUGAUUGGAGCGUACGGUACUGGCCCUGGUAUAGUUCAAGAAUACUUUCGCAAUAUCCUGCGUUCAGAUGAUUGA